AUGUCUCGAGAUCGAUUUGAAUUACUCUUAAGAUUUUGGCAUUUUGCGGAUAACGAGGAAACCCCUGACAAUGAUCGUAUCUAUAAAGUUCGUGAUUUGCUCGAACGUGUUGUAAAAAAUUAUCAAAAUGUCAUGGAACCAGAUGAGUACUUAGCAAUAGAUGAGUCAAUGGUUCCAUUCCGUGGUCGAUUGAAAUUCAAGCAAUACAUACCCGGGAAGGCGCAUAAAUAUGGAGUGAAGCUAUUUAAAAUAUGUGAAAAAAAUGGAUAUACACAUGAUUUACAAGUAUAUGCUGGUAAAAAUCAGGUAGAUGGUAAAGGUCUAGCACUUAGAGUUGUAAUGGAGUUAAUUAGACCUUAUUUAAAUGUAGGACGUACUGUAGUUACAGAUAACUUGUAUACAUCCAUGCCAUUGGCUCGUGAAUUAUUGAAGAACAACACACAUCUGGUAGGAACAUUGAGAACAAAUCGUGUUAAGUUACCUGAAGUGUUAAAAACAAAAUUGAAAAAAGGACAAAUAAUUGGAAAAGAAAGUACAGAUGGGGUAGUAGUCGCGAAAUGGCACGACAAACGAGAUGUUGCAAUGUUGUCUACCAAACAUGGUAUUGAAAUGAUCGAUACAGGCAAAAAGAAUCGAAAUGAUGAACCGAUUUUAAAACCACAAAUAAUUAUAGACUACAACUCUGGAAAGGCAGGGAUAGACUUAUCCGACCAAUUAUCAAGUUAUAAUUCGCCGAUACGUAAAUCAAUACGAUGGUACCAUAAAGUGGCCACUGAAAUUUUAUUAGGUACAUCGGUGGUCAAUGCUUUUAUUGUGUAUAAUAUGAAGAAACUUCCAAACGAAAAAAUUUCUAUUACGAAAUUUCGAGAAAUGUUGGUAGAUGAACUGUUAGGAUUAGAUCAAUUAACCAACAUAUCUGAAGAGCCGUCUAAUUCAAAUAAUAAACGUAAAAGAGUCAAACAUGUUUUUGAAGAAUCUGUAGAAAGGGACCAUAGGAACAGGAAAAUUAGAAAAAGAUGCUUACACUGUUACUCACAUAAAACCACAGUUUUAGGUUCAAAGUCAGCUGCACUUGCAACCAAAAAGAACAACGCCAAAUGA